UGACGUCAAUUGUGAGAUGCAACCUCAGGACCAAUAGGGUAGGCACAACCAAGAGACACAGACUAUAGACUACCAAUAUCCUCAGCAUAGCGACAGCCCAAGGCUGUGCGCUCCUCCCGUGAGAAAGAGAUGAAAACAACAUUAAUAUCAGUUAAUACAACAACGGGCAAAGACGUGCUUUGAAGGGAUAAGGUGGCGGAGAUUCGUUUCGUUCCGCCUCUGUGAGCGUGCCUCUCUCUCUUUUUCUCUCCCUUUCUCUGCGACUCCAUCUUCCUUCCAAGAGGUUGUCACGGAAUGCACAGGGGUUUCUUUGAAAGACCGUCAUUUCGCCACUUGAUGGGAGUGACAUGGAGGCUCGCGCGGCAGCUCUGCAAUGAUUCACUCUCAUGCCGCAACAAUGAGUAACCAACUCUACAACACCUCUUCAUUGAUCUUCACUGUUGAAGAGAGUAGGAACGACUCUCCCACCCUCACGACGGAGCUGCGGCCGGUCGCUGUCAACCCCUGGGACGUUGUCGUGUGUGUGGCAGGGACGCUGGUGUCCUUCGAGAAUGCGGUAGUGAUCGCCUUAAUAGUUUACACACCCACGCUGCGAGCGCCUAUGUUCGUGCUCAUCGGUAGUCUGGCAUUCGCAGACAUGCUCGCGGGCUUGGGGCUCAUCCUGAAUUUCGUAGUCACCUACAUGCUGGACACGGGGCUGGUGACGCUUCUGUCCGCCGGACUGCUCAUCACCGCGUUCUCUGCCUCCGUGCUCAACAUCUUGGCCAUCACCGUGGACCGGUAUCUGUCGCUCUACAACGCGCUCACCUAUCACACGGAGCGCACAGUGACUUUCACCUACGUCACGCUGAUUCUCAUCUGGCUGACUAGCGCCGCUCUGGGUUCGCUGCCGAUCUUUGGAUGGAACUGCCUGGAUGAUGAGGCGAAUUGCAGCAUCUGCCGGCCCAUCAACAAAAACAACGCCGCCGCGUUGGCGGUGUCUUUCCUUCUCGUCUUCGCGCUCAUCCUGCAACUGUACCUGCAGAUCUGUAAGAUCGCGUUCCGGCACGCACAACAAAUAGCGGUGCAGCACUUUAUGACUACCUCUCACGCGUCCUCCACCACCAAAGGGGUAUCCACUCUCUCCAUCAUCCUCGGGACGUUUGCACUCUGUUGGGUCCCUUUCGCCAUGUACUCCCUGGUGGCAGACAGCAGGUAUCCUGCCAUGUACGCGUAUCUCACCGCGCUCCCUGCCAUUUGCCACUCCUUCAUCAACCCUAUUAUAUACGCAUUCAGAAACCCAGACAUCCAACGGUCUUUGAGACUCGCCUGUUGUGGAUGCCUGCCCCAUAGUUUCACCAUGCGCCCAAGGACACCAAGUGAUGUGUAGAUAUCUAACCUGUUCUAAAACACACACACACACACACACACACACACACACACACACACACACACACACACACCCUUCAAUGAUCCAUGUAUUGGAACUGGAAACGAGAAUGCAUAGGUCUGGUUAUUAUUCCAACUGCAUUUUAUGGUUAAUAUUUAAUGUAUUUAUGUAUCAGAGUCACCUUUUAGUUUUGUACAUUUGCAUACUUUCCAUUGUGCACCAUACAGGAACUGGGAGUUUACUUAGGAAAUAUUACUUGAUUUUAAUGUGCGCUGUCUUCUCGGGGCCCAAGGUUUGUGAAGAAUGUAAUGUAGACCCCCAUUGUUGGUGUAGUUGGUGGUCAGUACACAUAUCACUGUGAAUGGAGCUGCACAUCAACUUGCUUCUCUCAUCACACAUAGAUAUUUAAGACUAUCUUCCACAGAUGAUGGUGAUUUUAUUAUAUAGGUGUAUUAUAUAGGCGAUAAUUCAAAAGAUGAUUGUGUGUGUCUCUCCACACAGCUAUUAGUGGAUAAAGAUAUUGUAGGAUAAAAUGGCCUUUUCAUGGGAAAAGUAGAAGGAAAAAAAAUAUGAAUAAUAAGCACUCUCUUGAUCAUAUCUUUAGAUAAAUCACAACCUCAGACUAUUAGUGGUGAACUAAGACCUAGCCUAAGAAAUCUUUAAGUACCAUGGACAGCGGAUUGCAUACAGUUACCACUCAAGGCCUGUGUUGGAUGCUGAGUAUUCCCCUCACACUGAGGAUAGCUGGUGAGAAACUAUCAAGGAAAUGCCAGAUGCAGCAGUCCUGAUCAAUAAUUCAUAGUUAAGGGGGAAACAGCUCAUUCGCAGCCGACUAAAACAGCUUAAAACAUAGUCAGGCAGUGUCACCAAAUGCAUUUUUUACAAGUUUUACACAAUUAUUGGCGAUCAUACCAUUCUCUGGUGGAACAGUUGCAGUGCUUCACACAAACACUGGCAAAGAUAACGUGUGCACUUUUUCUGUAUAUUCAACUAAGUUGUACAUCUAAAUUUAGGAGUAUAAAAACUAUCACAUAUUGGCCUUUUAACAGUACAUGUUAGGCAGGCCUGGCAAUCAUUGAAUCAUCAUCGCCCAGUUUUGCCCUGUAUUGCAAGAUGCAUUGCAAAAUGUUUUCUUGAGCCUAUUUUGAACUGAUGGAUUUUAAAAAAAACUGAUGGAUUUUAAAAAAAAACUGAUGGAUAUUCAAUUUAGAUUACUUGUAUUUGUAAAAACGUACAAUAGCACUAUCUUAUAAGGAAGUUUCUUUGAGGAUGACCUCAACAGAGCUAUGAUUUCUAAAAUAUAAUUUUGGUUGUUUGUACCUAUUUGUAGCAUAGUUUUAUACUGUCUUUAUAUUUUUAUGGAUAACUGAAUGACACUUAUGCACAGAACCAAUGGCCACAUGGUAAGAAUAUAAAAUGUCAAUACCUGGUCCAACACAAAACCAAACGGAAUGUUUUGUUUUGCCUUAUCUACUGUCACUGGCAAUAAUAUACUGUGGAGCCUGUGUGUAACUGGUAUACUAAUCUUGAAAAGAUAAAUGUAAUCUUUGUCAAUAAUGUACUUUGAUGUUUAGAGCAACUGUUUCAAUGAAGAAGAUGUGCAGUUUUCUCGUGUCAAAAACAUUUUUUGGCAGUGAAUCUGAUAUACUUGAAGAUUUUGUAUUUUUUAUUUUUUAGGUACUCGUAUGCCUAACUAGCUAUGACUUAAAGCUCCAUUGUUCGCUUUGUAAUGGUGCAUCAUUGCAUACAUGUCUUAAUGAGCUUGACUUGUCAGAUUGUCUAUACACUACCACAUCGCCUAACAAGGAUGUGUCUGCUGAUAUGCUCUAUUCUGUCACUGUUUUGUCAUUAAUAUCCAGCCAUGCCCUUGACAGGUUAUGUGACAGUUUCAAGUGAAGUGUUGCCAUAACUUGUGCCAACCUAGCAACUCUUAACAUCAUCAUCUGCUUAAACUUAUACAUGGCAGGUACUCUUUUGGGUGACUUGUUAGCAAACCAACCAAUUUGGUAUCAAAAGGAUGCAAACCAUUCAGUGCAACAUCAGUGCAACAUCUAGAAAGGCUUAAAAAUAUCAUGGAUGUGUCACCUUUCUUUGUAUUUCACUUGAUAUUUAACCAAGGAACUUCAAUGUGUCUCACUGCAUUGAGCUCAAAGUGUAUGUACUGAAUGAUGUUUACAUAAAAAGAAAACUAGAUUGCAGGGUCAA